UGAAAACUGUUUUAUUGUCGAUCCUUGACAUCACGAGGAAAAAUUUGAUUUUUCGUCACACCUUGGUUGCCUGGCAGCAAAUAAACAUCGCGUAUUGUCAGCAGGGUGUUAUUGACAGACAACUGAUUGGAGCAGUUUGAUUAAGGGCACAGGAAACUCUUCGAGAUGGCUUCAGGAGUUUCCGGGCUAAGCAUGCGCGGGGGGCUGUUAGUUAUGAAAAGCGUUUCGCUUUUUCUGGCGGGCAACCGGAGUAGUAAAAGAAGCAGCGCCCAACCGGCCGGAAAACCGGCAAAGCCCCGUCGCAAAAAAAUGUCGGAGCAAGAUAUCGCUUACCGGUGUUCGAUGAAGAUCUUAGAAGCCGCUAAGCGCGACACGCUAUUCACGAGGAGCGAGAUCGAGGCGCUCUACAAAAUUUUCCGGAAGUUGGUCACCAUCAACAAGACCAAGUCGAGCCAAGGGAAGAUGAAAACCAGCGCCAAUCCGAGCUCAAUUAUCGGGAAACCUGCGAACGUGCAAGAAGGGAUCGAUCGGAUCGUUUUCAGGGAGAUUUUGCACAACACGUUCGAUAUUGUGGCAGAGAAUAUGCUAAUGGACCGGAUUUUUUGCGUCUGGGAUAAGGCCAAUUACGGGCUUAUUACGCUCGAGGCCUGGCUGCACGGAUUAUCCUUGCUUUUGAGAGGCUCCACGGCUAAACAAAUCGAAUUUUGUUUCGCGGUUUACGACUUAAAUGCCGACGGAUUUAUUACAAAGGACGAAAUGUUCCAGCUUUUGCGGAAUUGUCUAAUUAAACAUCCACAGGAAGAGGACCCCGAUGAGGCCAUCAAGGACUUGGUUGACAUCGUGAUGAGAAAAAUGGAUAAAGAUAAGGACGGGAAAGUGUCACUUGAAGAUUUUCAAGCAACGGUGACGGAGGAGCCGUUACUUUUGGAAGCCUUUGGAAAAUGUUUGCCUUCAGAACGGUCAAAGAACACAUUUUUGUCAACCCUGAAGGCGUAGUCAUUGAAUAAAAAUGCCAAACCAAACCGAGCUUUAUUUACCC